GGGCCGGAAAGCGGCGGCGGCUCCGCCGGGGAGGCGGCAUGGCGGGCUGGGGGCGGCUGGCCCGGCUCGGCGGCACGGCGGGCUGGGGGCGGCUGGCCCGGCUCGGUGGGCGCCUCUGGGCGGCGGCGGGGCCAGCUCCCGGACACAGGGAUCAGUUGGGCUUUGUAGUCAGACAUAUCAACAGUUCAACAUGGUGGCACGAGCAUCUUUCUGAAGAGAAUGUGGAGUUCCUCAAGAAGAUAACUGCAGAGGAGUACAAAGCUCAGACAGCCAGCAAGCUGUGCCCUCUGAAAGAUGAGCCAUGGCCACUGAAUAAGUGGACACCAGAUUCCAUCAGAGUUGGUGUUGUUGCAGUAAAACUGGGAAUGAUGCCAAUAUGGACCAAAUCAGGAGAAAAACAUGCUGUCACACUACUUAAGGUUCAAGAUUGCCAUGUUUUAAGAUAUGUUUCAAAGGAAGAGUCCGGUGCAAAAACAGCUAAGCUGCUUGUUGGAGGCAAAAAUGUAUCUCCUUUUUCUAAACCAGAGUCUGCACAUGAAAUUUUUAAAGAAGCUGGAGUACCACGGAAGCAGAAAGUUACAACAUUUAAUGUAACAGAUGAUGCCAUAAUUAAGCCAGGUACUCCUUUGUAUGCUGCUCACUUCCGCCCUGGGCAGUUUGUGGAUGUUACUGCAAAAACAAUUGGUAAAGGAUUUCAAGGUGUCAUGAAAAGGUGGGGAUUUAAAGGUCAGCCUGCAAGCCAUGGCCAGACAAAAACUCACAGACGACCUGGAGCAAUAUCAACCAAUAAAGCUGCCAAAGUUUAUCGUGGAAAGAAAAUGCCUGGUAAAAUGGGUAACAUCUACAGGACAUCUUUUGGAUUAAAGGUGUGGAGGAUCAACACAAAACAUGACAUUAUUUAUGUAAAUGGGUCUGUUCCAGGUCACACCAAUUGUCUGGUGAAGGUCAGAGAUAGCAAAUUGCCUACUUACAAGGACUGCAAUAAAAACCCUCCAUUCCCUACAUUUUUUGCUGAUGGAGAUGAAGAACUGCCAGAAGACCUUUUUGAUGAGGAGAUUUUCCAGUUCACAGAUCCAUCUGUCACAUUCGCAUAAUAUUCCUCACAUCUUUGAAAACGCAGUUUUGUUAUUUUCAUGUACAUUGCAACGUUUUAUAAAAAUAAACCUAUGAAUUGCAGUCUGGCCAACUGACCUUAAACACUUCUGGUAUUGCCAUUUUGGUCAGGUAAUCAGGUCAGUCUCAAGCCUGUACUUAAAGCAGCAGGUGAGUCUGAGGGACAGGUUGUAAAGCACCCUGAACUGUAUCUUCAGUGACCUUUUGUCCUCUGCCCCAGGCUGUGAAAACCUACACAAUCCUGAAAAACUGUUGUUUUGCAGAUGGUUCCAGUUCAUUUUCUGCAUGUGAACAAAUUCUGUUUCUCUUUUAUGUAAAGUAUACUGGGCAAUUCUGAUCAAUCAGUAAAAGGUUCCAAGUCAGCAUUGACAUCCGAGGUGGGGAGGAUCCAUGAAGAGUGAUCCAAAAUAAACCAAGAAAAUGCGUGAGCAUUGUUUUGCAGAA